AUGUUGUUGGCAAGACUUUUCGGGAGAAGGCUCUUUGCUGCUGCUGCUCAUUCUCAAACUUAUUCAACAACAGCAGCUGCUGCUGCUGGUGCUACAACGGCUAGGUCUGGGCAUAAUCCUCUUGAAGAAUUCUUUGAGAAAGAUAGGAUCCAAGAUGACGAUAAGCCUAUCGUAUAUGGUCGAAGUUGGAAAGCUUCUGAACUGCGGUUGAAGUCUUGGGAUGAUUUACAGAAGCUAUGGUAUGUCCUUCUAAAGGAGAAAAACAUGCUGAUGACUCAACGUCAGAUGCUUCAUUCUCAAAACUUGAGAUUUCCUAAUCCCGAGCGCUUGCCAAAGGUGAGGAAGUCAAUGUGUCGCAUCAAGCAAGUGCUCACCGAGAGGGCAAUUGAAGAGCCUGAUCAAAGGAGGUCUGCGGAGAUGAAGAGAAUGGUGAACACUUUGUAA